GUAACAAAGAAUGUUUGGACAACACCAAAGGUCAAUAUUACUUUGGAACUGUCUCUAAAACCGGAGAUGGCAUAGAAUGCCAACGCUGGGACAAAUUACAACCACACGAUCACAGGUUUGUCUAUGGAUUCAUGGGACUCUCCGCUUCUGAACACGAGAAUUACUGCAGGAAUCCCAACAAUGACGAGAGACCGUGGUGUUACACAGUGAACGACACAGUCCGGUAUAGCUACUGUGACAUUCCGUUAUGUAACGAGAAAGACUGUAGGGAGAUGGAGAAAGGUAUGGAAUACCAAGGAAAACAUAAUAUCACUUGGGAUGGUAUAGCCUGCCAGCGCUGGGACAGUACGUACCCCCAUGUUCCUAACAGAAGGAUAAGUUUCCCAGGGUCGACUCUAUCGCGCCAGGAGAACUACUGUAGAAACCCUGACGGUGAACCUUUACCCUGGUGCUACACCGUGAAUCCUGACGUACGCUGGCAGACCUGA